UAUUCAUUUCUCAGUUUACAUUCAUACAUUUUAGGUUUCCACAUUUUUACGAUAAAUCUGAGGUUUUACAUUUUUAAAACCAUUUGAUAAACUUUGUACAAAUGGAUAAUUUUGAGACGAAUGACGACGAUACUCCUUCAACGAGCGGUGCUUUAGUUGAUGCGUGCCGUCCUGGUCGAAAGGUGAAACCGAGGGGCACCUUCAAAAAGGGCAGAUGCAAGCCCCGACCACGAACCAAGCGCACUUGCGUCAAACCAAAACCAGCGCCAACUAUGAGUGCAGCUUAUAAAAAUUUUGUGCUCGAAUAUGGACGAAAGCAUCCCUCUUUAGAUCCUAAGGAACAGAUCAAGAAGGCGGCACGCGCCUGGUGCCGUAUGCCCGAAUAUAAGAAGGAAAAGUAUCGCAUGAAGGUCGAAAGCUGCAAGAGGGAGCCAAACGCUUGUUCCAUACUAUAAUAAACAAUAAAUUGUAUUUGUAGACUA